GGCAGAAGCAUCCAGCACAGCAACAUCACCUGAGCAAGAAUGGACGCAGGUCUCAGACAAAUACAUGAGGAACAGGGGAAAAGGGGCUCCCUGACCUCCUCUUACCUGGAAGAACGGACCAACAAAUCUGGUGUCCUAUCCUGCAUCUUCUCUCUGAAGGAGGAGGUUGGUGCCCUGGCAAGGGCGCUUAGACUAUUUGAAGAAAAAGACAUUAAUCUGACCCACAUUGAGUCCCGUCCGUCACGCAAGAACAAAGAGGAAUAUGAGUUCUUCAUCAGUGUGGAUCCGGCCUCCUCCAAAGAUCUCGAUGAAAUUGUAGAUGGCCUACGCACACAAAUCAGAGGCCAGGUGCACGAGUUGACUCGCAACAAACAGAAAGACACAGUGCCAUGGUUUCCCAAUGACAUCCAGGACUUGGACCGUUUCGCCAACCAGAUUCUCAGUUACGGGUCAGAACUGGAUUCAGAUCAUCCUGGCUUCACAGACCCCGUGUACCGCACCAGGAGGAAGGAAUUCGCUGACAUCGCUUACAACUACAGACAUGGACAACCUGUUCCACAUGUGGAAUACACAACUGAAGAGAAGGCCACAUGGGGAACGGUUUUUCGAGAGUUAAAGACCCUGUACCCCACACACGCCUGCCGUGAACACAACCGUGUUUUCCCACUGCUAGAGAAAUACUGUGGCUAUCGUGAGGACAACAUACCACAGCUAGAGGAUAUCUCACGCUAUCUGCAGUCAUGCACCGGGUUCUGUUUGCGUCCUGUGGCAGGUCUCCUCUCUUCUCGUGACUUCCUGGCCGGCCUUGCUUUCCGGGUUUUUCACUCAACCCAGUACAUACGGCACGGCUCCAAACCUAUGUACACACCUGAACCCGACAUCUGUCAUGAACUGCUGGGACACGUUCCAUUGUUUGCCGACCCAAGUUUUGCACAAUUCUCACAGGAAAUUGGACUAGCUUCCUUGGGCGCACCUGAUGAAUUCAUUGAGAAGCUGGCUACAGUCUACUGGUUUACUGUGGAAUUUGGUCUGUGCAAACAAGGCAAUGAUAUAAAGGCUUAUGGGGCAGGACUGCUCUCAUCUUUUGGUGAACUGCAGUACUGUUUGACAGACAAGCCAAAACUUCAGCCCUUCGAGCCAGAGAAGACCAGCUUGCAGAAAUAUCCCAUUACCGAGUUCCAGCCUGUUUACUUUGUGGCUGACAGUUUUGAGGAUGCCAAAGAAAAAGUCAGGAAAUUCGCAACCACCAUUCCCAGACCAUUCUCUGUGCGCUACAAUGCCUACACACAGAGAAUUGAGGUGUUGGAUAACGCACAGCAGCUGAAAAAUCUGGCUGACAGCAUCAGUGGUGAGAUAUCUAUCUUGUGUAAUGCCCUGCAGAAGAUGGAAUAAAACAGUGCCGGAGGGUUUGGACGGAAAAAUAAAGAGGAAAUACUGGAGUGUGCUUGAGAAAAAUCCGUAAAUCCAUUAGCUAUUUGCAUUGCUUUUAAUCUAUAACGCAUCUGCCAGUCUUUUUUUAAAUUGUGCUAGAAAAAGAUUUGCCAUAAUGUAGUCUUUAUGUAUUCCAUGUAGAAAAUAUUUAUAACAUGUUUGCAAGUCCACAAAUACUGUAUUUAGGCGCUACAUAUUUAUCAAAGAUAUAACGAAAUAGCUAUGCAAAAUAAAUCGCUUUUAAAUACCAAAAAGUUACUUUACACAUUUAUAUUACUUUAUUUUUUCGUUGGUUAAAAUGUAAAGAAAUAAUAAUUGCCUACCGUCGAGUAUUUGCUUCAGCUGUUGCUGCUAUUUGUCGCUCGUUGCUUCAUUUUUACGAGAUAAUUUCCCCCAACCAACCCGCAAUCAUCGAAAUUACAGGAUCAAAGGAUUGCUAAUACGACGUAUUUAGCCAUUUCAUUCAGGGGAAAAUGCUUUCUUGACAAUUUUGCUUUUUUCAUCGGCUUUAUUAAACGUUAGUUAAUACAAAAAUACGUUAUAUUGAACUAUUUUUGUAUUAACUUGAGCUUUACUGUAAACGCAGUUCGUCAGAAAAAAUAUAAUUUAUCUGUGACUAUAU